CUGUAGCAUCAGUGCCGUCAUCUACAAAUGAAAUACUAAGUAAACCAUACAGAUACAUAUCUAACCGUCAGGUAUUUACAAACAAACGAACUUACUAGUUCAGACCGUAUGAUAAUAAUUUAUGUCACCUAUCUAUACUCGGACUUCAAAACGUUUUAUCAAACAUGUACAUACUUGUUUAUACAUUUUCAGGCGUAUCAUGGCUACAGCGCUAGUGGUAACUUUUAUUCCUUCUGCCGUUCUCAUAUACGUUACGAUGGAGACGGGUGUUAUAGAUGAAAUUCCAAAGAUGGCAUCUGCCUCUGGAGUAUCAUAUACAACAGAUGGACUAAUUCUACAGAGCAGUAUGCUAAAACCACGGCAGGUUAAUAUACAUUUCUAUAGCUUUCCUAGAUGGUUUAACAUUACUAACGCGUUCAGAGGAUGUCCUAGUAAUUGUUCAUUGUCUACUGGAACUAAACAUUACCAUGAAAGAGAUGUGGUGAUAUUUUUUGGUCCAGGUCUGCGUAAAAAUCCUGUGCCGAAGAGACGAGGGCAAAUCUGGGUCCUCUAUGGAAAGGAGGCGCCGCCAAACCACAAACAUAUAAGGAAAUGGAAAGGACUGUUUAACUGGACGAUGACGUAUCGUAGGGAUUCAGAUUUUCAACAUUUGCACGGAGAUUUUCAGAAAUGUCCGCAUCCGUCAGCGCGACUACCGAACAUAACCUUGAAGUUCACCACAGCAUAUCAAUCCAUAAAUGCUUCAAAUUCAGUGAAAACCUUGCCUUCUACAGCUUGGUUUGUCUCCCAUUGUAAGACACAAAGCAAACGUCGAGAGUAUGUGGGAAUACUCCGAAACACACAGCCCGUGGACAUCUUUGGAGCUUGUGGUUCCAAAGCUAACAAGUGCACCAAGGGAAAGGACAAUGAGUGUCUUAUGCCAUACAAGUUUUAUUUGUCAUUUGAAAACUCCUUAUGUCGGGAUUACAUCACGGAAAAGGCUUUGAGCAUGUAUAUCAAGACACAAGACACUAUACCUAUUACACGUGGCAAUGGCGGUUUAAACUCGUUAUACUUACCGCCGGGAUCUUUUAUAGAUACCAUUGAUUAUCUCGGUCCUGACAAAUUAGGACAAUUCCUUAAUUACCUUAGUAAAAAUGAAACAUUAUUUUUGCGGUAUUUUGAAUGGAGAAGACAUUAUAAAGCGAGCCUUGAUAUUUUCCAAUCGUUCUGUGAACUCUGUAAGCGAAUGCACAAGCCAGGUGUAAAUACACGUUAUCGGAGGGUGUAUAAGGAUAUCCAUGGGUGGUUGUUCGGAUCGCGUGAUGUCAAAAUCUGUACAAAUCCAACAGAUCUACUCAAGUAACUUCCAAAGGUCUAGUUAUAUCAAAGUAAACCUAUUUUACCGAUAACUUUGAAACAACAUAUUCACUUUCUUUAUCAACUUUUGUUUGUCCGGAUAGA